GUUUUCAAAUUUGUUAUAUUUUUGGUUUGAAAGAGGCAGCGGCAAUUCAAACAGAGAAACCCAGAGAGAGAGAGAGAGUGACAGCGAGUUUGGCGACAUAAACGCUGCUCAGAAAACUCCGAAACUCUCUCUUUCUGUAAGAUUUUGGAUUUUGUUCCCUCCUCCCUCUUUAAUUUAAAAUCCGUUUACUUCCAAAUUUCAACUUUGAAUUUCCAGCUGCGAAAGUCUAUGCCUCGGAUCUUGUAAUUAGGGUUUUGGUUCUGAUUCACCAGCAAGCUUUUUUGGCCCAGCCAGCUCCAUUCGUAGACGAUGUUGUCAAACUUGGACGGUGGAAGGAAGAGGGGUGGGGAUUCAGGUAAUAGGAAAUUGUUGAAUGAGAUUGAGACUAUAAGCAAAGCCUUAUACGUAGACAAAAACCCCUCUAGGAGUUCAAUUCCUGCGGGAAGUAACCCUUCAGGAUCUAUAGGAAAGUCCCGCGUACCUGAUCCAAAAUCAAAGCCUAAAUCUGUUGGUGAAAACUUGUUAGCUAAAGAGAAGAGGUCCUUUUGGAAUUGGAAGCCCUUGAAGGCUUUUUCCCAUAUCAGAAACCGUAGGUUUAACUGCUGCUUCUCUCUUCAAGUCCAUUCCAUUGAAGGGUUGCCCUCCACUUUGAAUGAAAUUAGUCUUUGUGUACAUUGGAAGAGGCGGGAUGGAAUUUUCGUUACUAAUCCAGUGAAGGUUGUUCAAGGCACGGCCAAAUUUGAAGAGAAGUUGACCCACACAUGCUCAGUAUAUGGUAGUAGGAGUGGACCCCACCAUUCAGCAAAGUAUGAGGCAAAGCAUUUUUUGCUAUAUGCUUCUGUGUUUGGUGCACCAGAACUUGAUCUGGGGAAGCAUAGGAUUGAUCUCACCAGGUUGCUUCCUCUGACGUUGGAGGAGUUAGAGGAGGAGAAAAGCUCAGGAAACUGGACAACGAGUUUUAGAUUAUCAGGAAAGGCUAAAGGUGGUUCAUUGAAUGUUAGUUUUGGGUAUACAGUGCUGGGGGAUAAUCCCCGUGCAACAGAAAAUAGCCAGAAUGUUCCUGAGGUGUUGACUUCGAGGCAGAAUAACUCGAGUAUGGCAACAACAGCAGGCAUGAAAUAUGGCCAGGUUGAUAGCAGGGGCAGUAUAAGGCGUGCUGGAACUCUUCCUAAACAGCGGUCACGGGCAUCAUCUCAAUCUGUAGAGGACAUAAAGGAUCUUCAUGAGGUUUUGCCUAUAUCAAGGUCGGAACUUUCCAGUUCGGUGAAUACACUUUAUCAGAAAUUUGACGAAGAAGAGAAGUCAGAUGCUCCAGUUGAUUACAUGCCCGAACUUGAUGUGUGCACAGAGCAUCUUGAAGCAAUGAAAACAAAUCCUUUCCCUUCACCUGAUUCUGGUAAAAAAGUAGAAAAUGGGUGUGAAAAUGAAUUUUCUGUAGUUGAACAGGGCAUAGAAUUACCAGCAAAUGAACUGAAAGAAUCAGAAGUUAUUACACAGGCUGCUGAUGCUUCUCUAGCCGAAACCCAUUUUUCUGAAACCACCAGCAGUGUACAGGUUGCAGUUGAAGAUGAAACUAAGCUUGAAUCCCAGGUUGAGGAAAAAAGUAGUUGUACAGAUGACCUUGUGGUAUGUGAGUCCACUUCCAGAGAAGAUGACCUAUGCACCAAAGAAUCACUCAUGAAAGAACUAGAGUCAGCUUUAGAUGUUGUGUCAGAUCUGGAGAGAGCAGCACUAGAAUCACCUGAAGACAAAAGAAGUUGUGUGGAAGGUAAUCAAACGAAAAUGAUGGGGAGGUCGCAUAGCUUGGAUGAUGUUACAGAAUCUGUUGCAAAUGAGUUCUUGAGCAUGCUAGGGAUGGAGCAUAGUCCAUUUUCCUUGAGUUCUGAGAGUGAUCCUGAGUCUCCAAGAGAGCGUCUGCUAAGACAAUUUGAGCAGGAAGCCCUUGCUGGAGGUUGUUCUUUAUUUGAUUUUGAGGACAUUGGCAAUGGUUACCAAGCAGAAUGUGGCUACGCAGGUUCAACCGAGUCUGGUUGGGAGAACUUAUCUGAUAGUUUUGAACUUUCGUCUGUGAUUCAAGCUGCAGAGGAGGAGCAUCAGAUAGCAACUCAGGAAGUAAGGAGUAAAGAAAAGGCCAAAAUGUUAGAGGACUUGGAGACGGAAUCAUUAAUGCGUGAGUGGGGCUUGAAUGAGAUGGCCUUUCAACAUUCUCCACCAAAAAGUUCUGCUAGUUUUGGAAGUCCAAUAGAUUUGCCUGCUGAAGAACGACUUGAUUUGCCUCCUCUUGGAGAAGGGUUAGGUCCUUUUCUUCAGACAAAGAAUGGAGGGUUUUUGCGGUCCAUGAAUCCCUCACUUUUCAGCAAUGCCAAAAGUGGUGGGAACUUGAUCAUGCAGGUUUCCAGUCCAGUUGUGGUACCAGCCGAAAUGGGUUCUGGGGUAAUUGAGAUAUUGCAGCAUUUGGCAUCAGUAGGAAUUGAGAAGCUUUCAAUGCAGGCAAACAAGUUAAUGCCCUUGGAAGAUAUCACUGGAAAGACAAUGGAACAAGUAGCAUGGGAAGCUGUGCCUGCUUUGGAAGGACCUCAGAGUCAGAGGGAAUGCUUGAUGCAGCAUGAAUCAGUUGGGCAAGAUACAUCAGAUGGGGUAACAAGAGCUAAAGGAAUUUUAUCUGGGCCUAAGUCUAAUAAGUUUAAUUCAAGUGCAGCAGGCAAUGAGAUGGGCUUAGAAUAUGUUUCUCUAGAAGAUCUUGCUCCUUUAGCCAUGGAUAAAAUUGAAGCACUUUCAAUUGAGGGGUUGAGAAUACAAUCUGGGAUGUCAGAUGCGGAUGCACCUUCAAAUAUCAAUGCACAGUCUGUUGCGGAAAUCGCAGCUCUCCAGGGCAAGGGCGUUAAUGUUGGUGAAUCUCUUGGUUUGGAGGGAGCUGCUGGAUUGCAAUUGCUAGACAUAAAAGACAGUGGUAAUGAUGUUGACGGACUAAUGGGCCUCUCAUUAACUCUCGAUGAAUGGUUGAAACUUGAUUCCGGCGAAAUUGAUGAUGAAGAUCAUAUUAGUGAGCGGACUUCCAAAAUCCUUGCGGCUCAUCAUGCGAACUCUUUGGACAUGAUUCGUGGAGGGUCGAAGGGAGAGAGAAGGCGUGGAAAAGGAGCUAGCAGAAAGUGUGGUUUAUUGGGGAACAAUUUCACAGUAGCAUUGAUGGUGCAACUUCGAGAUCCACUACGAAACUAUGAGCCUGUUGGGACACCAAUGCUUUCUCUUGUUCAAGUAGAGAGAGCGUUCCUCCCACCAAAGCCAAAAAUAUACAGCACGGUUUCAGAGCUAAGGAGCAGUAAUGAAGAGGAUGAUGAGUUGGAGUCAGUUGGGAAAGAAAAAAUAAAGGAGGAGAGGAAAGAUGAGAGGAAAGAUGAGAAAUCUUCUGAAGUGGAAGCUGUUCCUCAAUUUAGAAUCACUGAAGUCCAUGUUGCAGGUCUGAAAACUGAACCAGACAAAAAGAAGCCAUGGGGUACUGCGAGUCAGAAACAGUCUGGUUCCCGCUGGUUGCUUGCUAAUGGAAUGGGGAAAAACAAUAAGCAUCCAUUUAUGAAGUCAAAAGCUGCUCCUAAAUCUUCUGCUCCAGCAACAACAAAGGUUCAGCCGGGUGAUACCUUGUGGAGCAUUUCAUCUCGCGUUCAUGGAACUGGAGAAAAAUGGAAGGAAUUGGCAGCACUAAAUCCACAUAUAAGAAACCCCAAUGUUAUUUUUCCGAAUGAGACGAUUAGAUUGUGCUGAGUGGAUUUUUUACAUUUUUCUGUGAAAUGGUGAAGCUCACAGUGAAUUCCGAAUUGGGCAGUGCUUUCAGCCUCAUCAUCAAUCAGCUGGGUUGUCAAUGGAAUCCAUACAAACAGGGUGUUCCCUGGAACCAUACAAGGUUGAUGGUUGUGUUUGUGAGGUUAUAUCUUGUAGUCACUUAAACAUAGUCAACCGAUAGGCAGCAUGAGAUAAAAUUGAAAAGGUGUUGCUUCCUCAUCAUUUCUGUGUUGUAAAUCCUCAUGUUAUGUAAGUCUGCUUGGAAGCUUUGUAAUGUGAAGGGAUUGUGUUUCAUUCACAGCCGCCAGAGGUGGUAUUUGCGUGUGAAAUAGCUGUUCUGGACCUUGUAGAAAUUUUGUAAGCUUUUCAAUGCUGUUUUUAGUGUGCAGUGAUUGGAUUUUUUCAAAGAGGAGGU